UGUGAAAUUCAUUCUCACCCACCAACCUGUCAUCUUCAUCGUUAUUUCAUUUUGCCUUUCUCUCUUCUCUAUAUAUACACACACCACUCACCACCACCACCUUAAAUAACGUUCAUACAUCUCCUGUGAAUUUGUUUUCGUUUUGUUUUUUCUUUUCCCAGUUUUGUAUAACUAACUGGACAGAACUCACUCUCCCUUAAUUUACUGCAACAUUUCGUUCAUGGAGUUUAGUUGUGUUACAUCCUCUUCAUCAAAGCCUCAUGUUUUAGCAGUUGAUGAUAAUCUUGUUGAUCGAAAAUUGGUUGAGAUGUUACUCAAGAAGUCCUCUUGCAAAGUAACAACUGCAGAGAAUGGGUUGAGGGCAUUGGAAUAUCUGGGUUUGGUGGAUGAACAAGAGAAUUCCCUGGAGAGCAAUGAAUCCAAGGUGAGUAUGGUGAUAACAGAUUACUGUAUGCCCGGAAUGACAGGUUAUGAGCUUCUAAAGAAAAUCAAGGAAUCUUCAACUACAAAGGGGGUUCCAGUUGUUGUAAUGUCAUCAGAGAACAUCCCAACUCGAAUUAACAAGUGCUUAGAGGAAGGAGCUCAGAUGUUCAUGCUGAAGCCUUUGAAACCAUCAGAUGUGCAGAAAUUGACAUGUAAUUUGGUGAAUUGAAGAGAUAGCUAAUGACACAAUUUGCAGGAGUUAGGAAGAACACCCACAAACACUAUCUGAUAAAGCAGGGGAAAAGUUGCAGAAGACCUUCCAUACAACAGAAUUUUUCAUAAGAUAAAUUUGCUUCUGUAGCCGCAAAUCCAUCUUCUUUUCCUCUAACAUUACUCUUUUAAUACAUUAUUGUA